CAUCGGCAAAAAAAAAAAAAAUUUAUUAAAAAAAAAGAAAAAUAGUUUUCUUAACUUAAAUUGCUGCGUUAAAUCGACCGAGUGCCGUGCCGAGCUAAGUUGAAUUAUAACGCGAGCCCAUCGCAUCCACAGAUCGGGUCACAAUGAGCGUGCUGGCAUAUACGCGUUCGAACGAUGAGGAGAUUUUUCGCCAUUGCACAAAGGAUUGCGGCGUGGUAACGGCCACCGAGGACUUUCAGUAUUUUGCCCUAAGAUGCAUAUUCUGUAGCGAGAAGUUUCUCUAUUUCGAUGCCUUCAUUGGCCAUUUGCAGACAAUGCAUCUGAGUGAUGCCAAUGGGAACGAUGGCAGUGAGGGGAAUGAAGUGAGUGGUGGCCAGAGAUUAGGUGGUGGUGUUGGGAUUACCCAGCCAAUGUCAUUAUCGAUAGGACCAGCGCCGUUGGAACAUGAUGAGAUUGAAGACUUAACCGAUGCAGAUACAGCCCUAUUGGAGCCACAAAUGGUGAUCAAACAGGAGCUACAGGAAUUGGGGAGCAGCGAUGAUGAGCAAUCGGCAUUAGCUGCGAAUACAACAACAGAUAAACGUCUGGCCGCCAAUGUCCAGGCAUCGGAUGAGGCUGAGAACGAUGUCGAUGACGAGGACGACGAUGAUGAAGAAGAUGAGGAGGACGAUGCCGAGGAGGAGGAGGAAGACGACGAGGAUGAUGAAGUCAUACUGCCGGAAUCAAAUAUAUUACCACAUCCACGAAUGAAGGUAACCAAACCAAGGCCAAAACAACACCAGCAGCACCAACAACGCCAGCGACGCCAACAGAAGCAAAUGGGCGUCAAAAAUGAACCUCUUACAGCCGAUGGCGAUUCCUCGAUGGAUGACUAUGGAGGCUACAUGGAUGAUGACAAUGACAAUUCCACCGAGUAUAUGGAAUAUAGUGGUGGUCCUGGUUACAAUGAUUUAGCUCAAGGUCACAGCAUUUUGGGCACCGGCGGCGCGAAUGAUUUUCUUAGCUAUGAUGAAAUGGUCGAGGAAUCCCUUUUAGGCCGUGAUCGUGAAUUAACCAUGCACAUUAAGGAUCGCAAAAUGAUACAAUUCCUCAUCCAUUCAUAUCAACGGAAUCCCUUCCUCUGGGAUCACAGUCAUCCGCAGUUCAGGGAUCGUGUGAAACGCGCCAGAUUUCUUGACUGGAUUGUCCUAGAAUUCAAAAGCCGCUUCAACAUCUCAUUGGCCAAGGAUGCCAUCACCAGGAAAUGGGAUAAUCUUCGCACCGUUUACAAGCGUGAAUGCAAUCGGAUGGCUCUGGAGAAAACAAACAUCAGUACCUUAUGGUAUUUCAAGGAGCUGCAUUUCCUCAAUGAAGUCUAUAGUUACAAUUCCAAAAUGUCUGAUGCUGUGGUUAAGGAAACAUCAUAUCGCCGUCGGUUUUCGGCCAUUUGGAAUGACACAUCCACAGCCAAAUUGUUGAGCAUGGUGAAACGUUAUCAUUGCUUUUACAAUCGCUUCGAUCCGGAUUAUCGCAGCAAGGAGCGACGCGGCGAAGGUCUCCAUCAGAUGGCCAUGGAGCUGCAGCAAUUGAUCGAUGUGACAACGAUACAGAUAUCGAAACGUAUAUCCCAAUUGCGUUUUGAUUAUUCCAAACAGAAGACAGAGCGUUUGAAUUGUGAGCGCAUGGGUAAAACGUUUAUACCGAAUUAUAUAUAUUACGAUCAAAUGAAUUUCAUGGACGACGAUAUACCGCCAUUCAAGUGCCAGCAUUGCGGUGAGAUUGUGCAGACAUUGCGCGAAUUGGAUCUCCAUAUGCUGACGCAUCAGCCUAGUUUGGGUGGUGGCUAUUACUGCAAUAUCUGUCACAUACAAUUCCAUAAUGCCGAGGAGUUUGAGACGCACAAGCAACUCCAUUUGGGUGCUGGCAAUGAGGUGAAAUACAAUUGUGAAUUGUGUACGGCCAGUUUUCGUGAGAAAUCCAAUUACGAUGAGCAUCUGCGGCGACACAAUGAGGAAUUGUUUUUGCCCUCGUUGGGAAUCAAUCAUAGCAUUAUGGAGGGGCAUGAAGAUGGCGACUUAUCUGGCACAGGUGGCGAUGGCGGCGACGAUGGCGAUGGUGAUCAAUUGAUGACAUCACCCGAAUCGGGAGGCGGUGCCAACAAACCAUUCCCCUGCGACAUCUGUCAUCGCACGUUUGCCACAUCGGGACAUCUAAAUGCCCAUCGCAUUGUGCAUCAGGAUGAGCGUGAGCGGUGCUAUAAAUGCGACUAUCCGCAGUGCAACAAAUCGUUUGUGGCCCGCAAUAGCCUGUUCGAGCAUUUGAAGCAACAUUACAGCAAUGAGGAAUUCAAAUGCGAUAUAUGCGGCAAGAGUUUCAAGUCCACCAAGAAUUUGCAGAAUCACAAACAGAUCCAUGACAAGGUGAAGCGUUAUGUAUGCCAAAUUUGCGGUUCGGCCUUUGCCCAGGCGGCGGGACUGUAUCUUCAUAAGCGGCGACACAAUCGUCCAAAUGGCACAACCGGUGCUGUUGGCCGCUCUGGCGGGAGUCGUUCGAGUCUAUGAAAGCAGGGGAAAACUAAAAAACUGAAGAAAUCAACUAAAAGGCAGCUAGCAAUAAAUGAUUGAUUGAUUGAACGAUCAAUUGAUCGAUCGUUUGA